UCGCAUUACCUAAUAGAGAGAAGAUAGCUAUUCCUAUUACAACAAUGGAAAGAAGAGGGAUAAGAUUGAUUUUCUUACUGUUUUGUUCUACCUUGGCCAUUUCAUCUGCGGCUCUCCAACAGCAAAUCUUCCCAACAGCAACAGAGUCUAAUUACCAACAGAAAACUUACACAAGAAAACAGGGCAAAUAUGGGGUUACUAACCAGAUUAGCAGAAGAUACAGUGCAAGUGCAAUCACCGUUUCUAAUGUGAUUCGUCGUGCAAAUGGAGGUGCAGCCGCUGCCGGCGGUGGAGAAAAUGGUGGUGGCAGUAGACCUCAUACAGGAGGAGGUACAGCCGUGAUCCCUGUUUAUGCAGCUGGUUCAGCACAAGCACGUCACCGCCAAGGUCGACCACAUAAUGCAGGAAAUGGCUAUGAGAACAAUACGGGGCUUCUGGUAGCUGCAGUUUUGGCCGCCAUUGCUCAUCUCUGUAGAGUUUACUGAUAUCAAGGCUGUCUCCAUUGGGACACAAUAACAUUGUUACAUUGUUGAGCUUUCGUUUCCUGUCAAGGUCAAGAAAAAAGCAAAAUAUUUGGAUUGUAAAUGAUUGUAUGUGCAGAGAGAGAACCUCAUAAAGUCUUUUUUUUUUUUUUUCUUGUUCUGGGUGACCGUUGUAUUGUACAUAGACAGAAGUAUUUUAAUUGCGUCAAUUAGAUAAUCUUCUGACAGGCAUUACAAUCACAUAACUGAAAUUAUUUUAUGUAAGAAACUAGUGAGAAUUUCACCUCGGUUAAUAUUCCAGUUCUCUACAACCUUGAUGGUCA